UCCGCCCCCGCACCGCUCCGCCCUGGAAGGGAUAAGCGGCGGUGAUGGCGGGCGGCGGGGCCGCUGAGGGCGGUUGUCUGUCGGCGGAGGCGGCGGUAGCCUGCGAGGCCCUGCGGCUGCUGCGGAUCGAACCCUCGGCCGUCGGCCCCGGUGCGGAGCGGGAGGGCGGCGCGGCGCAGUGCUCGAGGAACGUGCUGCGGAAGCGGAGGCGCUGGGAGCGGGUGUUGGCGGCGAAGAGGUGGAAGCGGCGGCAGGAACGGGAGAAGAGCAGGGCCCGGCGGGCCGAGGGACCGGGGGCUGCCAGCCGGGAUGGCGGGAGGGCCUCGGCCGCCCUCACGAAGGAACGUCUGCUGGAGGCCAAGGCGUCAGGGCCCCGGCUGUGCGUGGACCUCGGCAUGGCCGACUGCAUGACGCAGAAGGAAACAAGCCGCCUCGCCUCCCAGAUCAGGAGACUCUACGGGGCAAACAGACGGGCCGAGAAGCCGUUUUGGCUCUGUCUGACGGAGUUUGUGGUGGGCUCGUUGAUCUACGAAGAGUGUUUUCGCAUGAACGAUGGUUUCUCCAAUUAUUUGAUGGAUACAACUGAAGAAAGUUACCUGGACCUGUUUCCUUUAGAUGCAAUUGUUUAUCUCACUCCUGACUCUGACAAUGUCCUUGAAGAUAUUGACCCAAAUAAAGUGUAUGUCCUCGGAGGCCUGGUGGAUGAAAGUAUUCACAAGAAGCUGACUCUGCAAAGGGCACAAGAGCAGUCCUUGCAAACAGCCCGCCUCCCCAUUCGUGAGUACAUGGUGAAAACCGUUAACACCAAGAACUACCACUCGGAGACACUGGCAAUUAAUCAAGUCUUUGAUGUCUUAUCAACUUACUAUGAAACCCGAAGUUGGCCAGCAGCCUUGAAAGCUGGAGUUUCUUCUGGAAAAGGCUAUGCGCUACCAGAUGCAGUGAAAUAAGUGGAAAUACCUCAGCAUGACAAUGCACAAGAAAACUCUUUAUUUUGUGAUGUUAUGGAGCCGUGCAGACAGAGGCAAACUCCAAAUUUCAAGCAGAGGCACCAGCAUGUGCGUGGAGAAAACAGCUCUGCAUAAAUCUUGUUUAAGGACCUUGUUGAGCGUGACACAUUCUACCUCAGCUGUACAAUGCUGGAAAUGGCUUUUCCCCUUGGAACAGAAAACAAAAGCUGAUGGAGUCCUGGGAUCAAGUAAAAAAUGGACAGGAAUUCAGUUUUGUUUCUCUGUGGGUGCUUGCUAGAGUGUUCCUGACUCUUGCAUCUACACUUGUUCUGGAACAGGGAGGAGAGCUUUAAGGUAUUUCUUUCAUCUUGAUUAAACAACAAUUAAGGUGAAGUUAGAAUUGCAAAGCUCACUGGCGAGGAAAAUUCCUUCCCACGGAAAAGGACAGUGCUGUUCCAGUUGGGGAACACAAGAUGGGAAGUGAUUCCCCAAUGGAGAAACAGUUCCCAGGUGUACCACGUCCUAACAACUUUAAACCAGUUGGAAGACUUGUUGUGUUGUUGAAGCCUAUAGCUAAUCCUGUGCAUCUAAUCUAAAAUAAAAUGUUUACUCUUAAA